CACAUCAUCAUCAUCACUUCACGUUCUUACAUUUCACAUGUUUUAAUUUGGAAAAUUAGAAUUUAAAUUUUUAUAAAAAUAAAAUGAUUCCUUAUGACGCUAUUCUUAUUGUACUCAUAUCAUCAUUUACAGCCUUAUUCGGUGAAGGUUUAACAUGGCUUUUGGUUUAUCGAACAGAGAAAUAUAAAAAAUUGAAAAAUGAAGUUGAAAAACGAUGUAAAAAAUUGGAAAAGAAAAAAGAAACAAUGGGCGAAACAAGUGAUCGUCAACAGAAAAAGAAACUAGAACGUGAAGAAGAAAAAUUAAAAAAUCAUAAUCGUGAUCUUUCAAUGGUUAAAAUGAAAUCAAUGUUUGCCAUCGGUAUUACAUUUACAGCACUAUUAUCCAUGUUCAAUAGCAUUUUUGAUGGUCGAGUUGUAGCAAAAUUACCAUUUGUUCCAAUAUCAUGGGUACAAGGUCUUUCACAUCGUAAUCUACCUGGCAAUGAUUUUACCGAUUGUUCUUUCAUAUUUCUUUAUAUAUUAUGUACAAUGUCUAUACGCCAAAAUAUACAAAAAAUCCUUGGAUUCGCACCAUCAAGAUCGGCCAAUCAACAGACUGGAACAAUAUUUGGACCAAUGCCCAAUAAAUAGAAUAUAUAGAAUAGAAUAUAUUAUUUAUUUAUUUGUAGUAAUAAUUAAAAAAAAAAUUAAUUAAUUAAUUGUUCACUAAUAUUGAUAAACUUCUUUCAAUGGUUUAUUGUUGAAUAAACGUUCCCAAUUGAAUGCACGUAGA